AAGAAAACGGUCUGAAACAGGGAGGAGUCAGGGAGGAUUCGGGGAGGAGUCAGGGAGGAUUCAGGGAGGAGUCAGGGGAGCCACACUGACUAUCUCUAUGACCACUCCUUCUGCCCACUACUCUCCUAUUUACUAGGAACCAAGCAAGAAGAAAAUGGUCUGAAACAGGGAGGGACUACCUAAAUGUGUCCAAUAACAAACACUCAUUUUCAUUAUCCAUUGCAAAGCAUUUUGCUACUGUGGACGCUUAUGACUACGACCCUGGGCUGAAGAGAGCUAGGCAACGCUAUGCUUUUAACAAUUGCAUACUCCCACCCCUCUCACCUUCUCCACUAAUGGGUUUUGAUAAGGAGACGAGUAGAGAGAAGAGAGGACGCAGGGUUUUUGCAAUUGAGAAAAGGCCCAUGACUGUGAGCACUCCUCCUCUUCAUCCCCCCCCCCAUGUAGCUGCUGCUGUGGGCUGGCCUCCCUCAUCCCUCCUUACCUCCUCCCUCCUUCCCUCCUCAGGGCAUCUUUAUAAAGAGACUCUUGGUCUCACCAUGGGAGGAUCACUCACAGACACAGGAGUCCACAGAGCCACAGCUCUCUUCCGUCAGUGAAGCAGCACUCAGUGAAGCAGCCGUCAGUGAAGCAGUGAAGCAGCCGCCAGCGAAGCAGCACUCAGUGAAGCAGCCAUCAGUGAAGCAGCACUCAGCGAAGCAGUGAAGCAGCACUCAGUGAAGCAGCCGUCAGUGAAGCAGCCGUCAGUGAAGCAGCCGUCAGUGAAGCAGCACUCAGUGAAGCAGCCGUCAGUGAAGCAGCCGUCAGUGAAGCAGCACUCAGUGAAGCAGCACUCAGUGAAGCAGCACUCAGUGAAGCAGCCGUCAGUGAAGCAGCCGUCAGUGAAGCAGCACUCAGUGAAGCAUUGCGUUGUAUCAGCAUGGUCAACUCAGUAUUCCCAUACUGCUGGACCCUGUGCCUGAUCCAGCUGGCUACAGGACUGGUUCAUGGAAACGUUCGUCUAGACGACUCCCAUCCCGGCCUCAGACGCACCGAUGACUCCUUCCUGUCUGAUAUAGGUAAAGGCUCUCUCUCUAGAGGGGAUCCUGUGGGUUUCCGCUUAGAGUCUGAGGAUGAAGAGGAGAAGGAGGAGGAGCUGCUGAUGGACAUGGAAACCUACGAUGAGGAUGUUGCUGAGGCGAUGCAGCUGCAGAGCAGGGCCAUGCGUUCUCCCCGUCGCUGUAUCCCCCACCAGCAGUCCUGUCUGGGUAACACGCUGCCCUGCUGCGACCCCUGCGAUACCCGCUACCCCCGAAUGUUCGGCUCCAUCUGCUACUGCCGUCGGACGGCCUGCGCCGGCGCUCACCGGCGUCCCUAAAACACUCCUAGAAAACCAUCUACGGCCCCCCCCCUCUCACGGUGGGGCCCCUUUCUCUGCCAGUCUACAGUCAGUAUCUAAUCCAUAUCCGCAAGGCUUGAUUUUACGAGCACGCAAACACAGACUAUACAUCCCAGGAUGCAUCAGUGAGACCGGCCAAUAGGACACUCUCGUUGCUUUGUAUUUUCUUCUUGAUGUUAACUCUGGUUGUGUUUUAUAUUUAUUUAUUUAUUUCCCCGAUAGGUUAGAUGGUGUACAUUCAUCGUUCAAUGAAAGUCGAAAGACAAAUCAAAUCUCUAAAAAGGUAAUAUAAUUGUCCCCCCCCCAAAAAAAAAAAUUGGCAAAGAUUUUUAAAACUUUUUAUUUGUUAAUUAUUUUUGAUCUUAAAAACAACUGAGAACAUCUUUAUUUUUUAAAGAGACCAGAAUGUAAAAUACUUACAUUACUCAAAUCAAAAGUGGACAUUUAAAGUUUGGUUUAUGGAUUUGAAAUAGUGAAUCAGGUUCCGUAUGUUCAUCAUGUGCCCUGAGUCUUAACAGUAGUCUAAUUGUGAGGCAGAGUUGAACAGCUUCUGCUACGUGGUUUAAGACUUCAGUAUGUGAAACUCGCAUAAUGAAUUAUAUAUAUAUAUUUUUUAAUACCUGUAGUUGACAAUAUUAUUUUAUUUUUCAUGGAAAUUCCAUAAUAGGGAAACACCUUUUUAUUAAAAACAAUUGUAUUCAAUUGACAGCCAUUAUUUUGAAAGUCAAACACUCUCUCUAGGUACGUUUAAGAAAUCAGUGCAAAUAGUAAUUUAUUGUAUCUUAUGAAUAAAAAUGAAAUAAAUAAAAAAGUUAUUAUUUUG